GGCGUGUAUUUCAAGUUACGCUUGUUGUGCUGCGAUGGGAAUGUCAACUUCGUGGAUUUACAGUGUCAAAAAUGAUAUAAAAUCACCGUGAUUCUUGUAUUUGGAAUAUCAACAUCACAAAAUGCAACACGUGACAGUAACAGACGAGUCAACAAAUGAACCUGGCAUCAUCAUUCCUGAAAUGGGAAUGCUGUUGCAGGCCAGCAUGCUGGCAGGCUUCACUGGCAGUGAGGCGAUUGUACAGCGCGCCAACAACAAUCUGAUCGAGCUAGGCAAGCGGCUGCUGACGAGUGCCGAGCUCGGUGACACAGACGAGGUGCGGCUGCUCAUGAGCCGUGGCGCGCCCUUCGCCACCGAUUGGCUGGGGACAAGCCCACUACACGCAGCAGCAGCCAAUGGCCACCUGGAGACAUGCGAAUUGCUGUUGCGAGCAGGAAUAUCACGGGAUGCGCGGACCAAGGUCGACCGAACCCCUCUGCACGUAGCAGCCCAGGAGGGCCACGCAGACAUUGUUGAACUGCUCCUGGACACGGGCGCUGACGUUGAUGCCAAAGACAUGCUGAAAAUGACACCUCUGCACUGGGCAGUGGAGAGGGAGCAUGUAGAGUGUGUUCGACUGUUGCUGCAGCACGGAGCCAACCCCCACUACGUCAGCAAGUUCGACAAGACGGCGUUCACAAUGGCACUCGAGGCCAACCGGCACGACAUUCUUGAGAUGCUCGAGACAUCCAUCACGGCGGCGGCGACUGCUUCUGCCACUCUCGAGGCAACAGAAAGCCUCGCACUGGUCCUUGGGCAGGUGCCGGUCCCAGCUCACCAGGAGGAAGUGCAGACAUCCUCACAGACAUCCUCACAGACAUCUUCGCAGACAUCCUCACAGACAUCCUCGCAGAAAGUUCAUCCAGAGGAACCGAACCCUCCAAAGGUAUAUCUACAGGAGUCUGUGAAAGCAUCUGAGCGCGUUACGACGGAAGACAAACUGCCGGAAGUAAAAGUGGAGGAGACAGUGAUAGACACCAACAGCCAGAACACACUGCGCUUGCUGCAGGCCCACGGCAUACACAUGCUGCCCACGGAGGAGCAGACGCUGGUGGCCUCCGCUAUCCAGAGUGGCCAGACGGUCGUGCUUACGGAGGCGGGUAAGCUGGCGCUGAAUUUGACGGGGACAGUGCAGGCAGACGGCACAGGCGGUACUGCGAGCAUCCCGCAGGGCAGGAAGAAAGUGAUAACUAUCCGGGCGACACCCACAUCGCCACUGCAGCAGAAACUGUACAGGAGCAAUGUGGAGAAGCGCGGCCUGCCCGAACAGCCACAACAGCCCCGUGCCUCCGUCGCCUUACUGCCCCGGCGUGGCCGACCGCCGACUUCGACCGUAGCUGCCGUCAGCUACGCUCCCAACAUCCUCAAGCGCACGGCGGCCCCCGUCGUGGUUUCGUCCGUCGCGUCGAGUGUCGGGGUUGCCGUCGUCUCGCCUACCGUGGUCACGGCUUCAAGUUCAAGUUCGAAUCCCCCUGCGGCGAAGGUUUUGGUCAGGUCACCACCUGUGACAAAGGUCGUGGUCAACGGAAGUAGCAGUGAGGCACAGUUGACGGACCUCGCCACAAUCACACGGCAGCUGGAGGAGGCACGCCGGGAGGCAGAGGCGUACAAACUGCUGCUGAGCAAGAAGGAGCGCGAGGCAGAGCUCUACCGUCAGCAGCUGCAGUCGAUAGCACAGCAGUCUCAGUGACCACAGGCCCGGACGUGGUCUGAUGCCCGCUGACGUCCGCCAUUCCCUAAAACGUACGUGGGUCGACCUCGGCCCGCCACUUCCUCUUAUGGGCAGGAUCGCGUGUCAUCUCCGGCUGGCGCUGACAGAGACCUCGCCACUGCGGACCCUACGAGUGGAGUGCCAGUUUCCGAAGUGAGGUCACUUUCAAGUGGCACAGCAGCAAUUGACUUGUCUUGCCCGAAAGACUGACACUGUCAGUUGCCCCCUCCCCCAGAUCUUCCCAACACAUUUAUGUGCGUGCGUGAAGGAGAGAGAGAUUGAUCUCGUGUGACUCGCGUAAAACAAGAUAAAUGCAAAAUACACAUAGAAGAUAACUGUGGAAAUUAAGUGAUUUACCUCAUUGGUGGCAGGUUAUUUGUGUUACUGUGUUGAUAGACUAAUGAAAGAACUAAUGUACAUGUUCAACAGUCAGAAUCUCCAAACUUGUGUCAAGCCGUUGGUGCAGUGGAAAGCAUCCGACAAUAGUAGUUCCUACUUGAUUUUAAUCAGUAUACUGUGUUGUGCAUUUAAUACAGAAAAAGAGGCUUAACAAAAUGGUGUGUUGGGUGAACUUUGAUACCUCUUUUUUCUAUUAGUUAAAUUGUUAAAAGGACUUUUUCUUCAAAUGAUGUUACUUCUUAUCCUUCAUUUUCUUGUUGUUUCCAGAUUUUUUUCUGCAGGCUAUUUCAUUGAUAUUGGCAGCAGAACUGGAAAUGCCAAACUUAAAUUUCUUAUUCCCCCUCCCAAAGCUGUUUCUCGGCAACUGAAUAAAAAGCAUUUAUUUACAGGUGGUAAUGGAAACUGUUUGAAAUUUUGGAUAAUUUAUUUUAACCAUUUAUCUAGAACAUUUGCAGCAGUCUGGGGACCAAUGUUGUACUUAUUUAUACAUUUUUGUGGCUGCUAUUAACCCUUUCCACUCUUUCUUUAGACAUGGCGCUUUGUAUUUGACAAGAACAGCAGAUUCAGUCUUCCCUUCCUGCAAUCCUCCAGCAGUUGAACAUUGGGUGGUUUGUGUAUGUUGAUGCUGUUAAGUGCCUCCUGUAAUAGCAAUUUCCAAGUUUUCAGUGGGAUGAAUAUUUUUGUUAUGAGCUAAGUUCAUAUUUAGUGUACAGCAUGAGAGCCACAAUCUAUACUUCUAGUCACUUUUUUCUGGAUGUCUAUAUUUGAUACCUAAAAAUACUGCACUAUUUGUGUUAGUAAAAAAGUGCAUGAUUAAGUUGUUCUGAAGAAUUUCAUUUUUUACGCUGAAUUAUAGUGCAAAUCAAAUGUGUAUUUUAACUAUUAAUGUUGAAGCAUUUAACUGAUGUAUAACUCAUCAAAAUUAUAAUUUUAUUUUUUGAUAAUGUUGUAUUGUAGCUAACAGUUUAAAUAAUACAAAUGUUUAAUUUUGCUUUGUAUUGUUUCUUAGUCUCCUUCUUCUUGCACUGUUUUUUGGCAGUGUCGUGGUCUGUUACUUUGCAAAUGAAACAGAUUUGAAUAAAGUUUAUGCACUUGAUUACAGCAGCUAGAGAUAAAAUAAAAUUUUACUGCUCCAUAUUCUAUUGGAAGGUUUGUUAUGGCUCACAAAGUGGAGAGUACACACUGAGAUGACGAUGCCAUUUGUUAAACGAACUUAUGUUGUGACACAGCAACAACACUUUAUAUUGAACCUUCUCUGUCGAUCUGACCUGGUGAAUUAUAAACCAACUAUAAGUAAUAAUGAAUGAAUCGCCAGAUUUCUGUGCAGAUAAGAAUGUUUCUUCUGCUGUGGUCUCAACACCUGAAUUAGAGCUGUUAGCAUAAAAAGGCUAAGUAUGAAAAAGAAUUUUCUGUUUUAGCAAGUGCCAACCUGUCUUCCUGAAACAUCAGGUAAAAUGUUAACAUCCAGUAUGUGUGAAGAAUAAACCACUGGAACAUUGUUCAUCAUUUUGCAGUACUUCACAAAUAUGUCGACUGAUAAAAACAGAUCUUUCACUGUAGACAAGUGAAAUUGUAAAUGUGGGGUGUUCUUUGUAUUAGGAAUUGAUGUUUCUUAAA